AUGGCCGAUUCAAGUUCAAUAUCGCUGGAUGAUAAAAGUUUGUCGUCACGUGGUGGGGUGUUUGCUAGAGUAAUAAAUAGGCUCAGUGGUAGACGAAAAUCUCUAUCUAGUGAUGUACGACGUUCAUUUCGCCGCACUCGGAAGGCGUAUUCGUUAGAUCAAGGUGUUCUCCGAGCGAACCUCGAGCUACGAGCGUCGCAAGAACGUUUUUUGGGAAUUAAAAGACGUUUGAGUCGAGAGUCGUCUGCUCCGACGUUUGUACAGGAUCGUAGACAAUCGGAUGCUUAUUUAAAUUACUAUGAGCAUGAAGAAAUUUAUCGAGGUAUAUUAAGGACAUUAUUACACCCACUAGGAGCACCAGAUCAUCAUAUUGGUGUUCGUCCUGGAGAUCUGAUUGAUCAUAUACAAGAGGUUUUUGAAGUGGAACGAGAUGACCAUGAACGAUUUUUACGAGAUGAAAUCCGAAAUAAACCACGUCAGCUAUUACUGGGAGUUAGAGUGGUGGAAGCGAAGGAUCUGGAAAUUCAAAGGCAACAAAAAGAUUAUAAAGCCUAUUGUUUACUACAACUAACAUCAGCAUUAAAAAAGAGCAAUAGAAGCAGCUCAAGUUUAUGUAGAUCUGCUCGUUCAUCUCCGAAAAAUUCACCGAAACCCUCACCCAAAACAUCACCUAAAACAAGUCCUAAGAUUCCACUUGGUAAACUAAGUCCAGUUAGAUCAUCAAAUGCAUCACCAUGGAGAGAUCGAGAUAAAGUAAUGAAAACUCAAACUGUAGCAUCCAGUGAUCAACCCUUGUACUGGAAUGAAGAGUUUCACAUUAAAAUAUCAGAAAUGCUAACAGAUGAAUUACAAGUCUAUAUUUUUACACAGGAAACAGUCAGUGAAAAAUCUGAAAAGACCAAAAAACUGAAAGGGUUAUUCAAACGAAAUGAUACAGAUAAGAUAUUAGAUGUGAAUGGUGGCCACGUUAUAAUUCCAAUAAGGGAUAUCCCUGUACAAGGUAUUGAUGAUUGGUUUAAUUUUUACCCAGUAAGUGGUGAUAAAUCACAACAAGUUGGUAAAUGUCAUCUUCAACUCUCUUUAUCACAUGUACAGGGAAGUCAAUAUAUGUCAUUAUUCUCAGCUGAAGAUUAUCAUCUAGUUUCAUCACAACUUCAUAGAUUCUGUUUACAAAACGUUCAGUCGGAAGGUAAAAGAGAAGUGAGUCUACCAGAGAAAAGUCGUAAAAUAUUGGAUAUAUUUGGUAGUGCUAAUAGAAUCUCAACACUUUCUCAGUCUAUCAUGGACCUUACUGUCUUAUUAGAAUUAGCCAGUGGUAGUGAUUAUGAAUCGAUAAGUGACAGUGUCUUACAUAAAGCAUUGACCAAUGUUCAGAUGACCUGGAUGGCUAAACAAGUUGGUGAUGAAGCUUUUGCUGAAAGGAUGCCAUUAAGCGAUGCCGAGAUCUGUGUAUAUAGAACGGCAACUAGAAAUUAUAUAGCAGCUAUCAGUGAAAGAUUAGAUAAAUUGCCUUGUCUCUUCCCACCUUCAACAGAACAUCUAGCUAUCUUGAAAUCAAAAUUAGGGAUUGUUGUUGAUUUGUUAGAAAUGGAUUUAUGGGAUUCAACAAUUUGUCCAGGGGAAGAAUUGACAGAGAGAUUAACUAGAAAAUUACAGGACGAUAUUAAGGAAUGGUUAAGUAUUAAUCUAUCGUCAGUAUCAGAACAUGAGUUCAUUAAAGAUCCUGUAAUAACAGAAUGUACAACGUUAACAGAAGUUGUAAAUAAUCUUACAUCACACUGUACUCAACUCGGCGUUAUAACCAAAUUUUAUAACUCAUUUAAUAUCAAAUAUUACAGAAUAGUUAUAUUGAUAACAGAAAAUUUGUUGGUGAAGGAAUUACGCCAUCAGAUGUAUGAAAUGGAUAAAUAUCAAAAUAAAUACCAUUAUUAUCCAGAAAAUAUCACUUUUUCUAGUCGCAUUACACUACAGUUGUAUUUCGCUGUUAGAAAAUAUUAUGAUGUUGUGAAAGAAUAUUUGAAACAAAGAGAUUUAUUCCGAAUAUCAUUUAGUCACUAUCAAACAUGGUUUGAGAAUAGUUUAAUAUUUUGGUUACAAACAUUUAAAACAGAAUGUAUGGCUAGAGUGGAGAAAGCACUAGAAAUUGACAAAGAUGUUGUGCUAGUGACAUCAUUAGUGAAAUUUUCAAAUUCAUCUGUUGACACAUUAUCCUGUUUUGCUAAGAUAACAGAGGAAUGGAAUCAGAUAGAUUUUCAGAUGCCAGAUUUAGCUAUGAUGGCUGUCACAAAGAUAACUGACAUGAUUUGUGAAGGAGCUGGAAUGUACGCUGAUAAAAUCCAUCGUUUAUUAGAGAGAAAUUGUUAUUAUGAUGAUCAACAAGAACAGUUUGAUGUGACUGACAGGCUGUGUAUAACAUUAAAUAAUAUAGAACAUGUAAGACAAUAUCUACAUGAAUUACCAGAAUUAUUAAACUGGCAUUCAGUAGCGGAAUCGUUAUCAUUAAAACAUGAAAAUCCAUUAAUAGGAAAGCAAAGUUUAAAAACAUUGAAAAGACUUAUUUCUACAACACAAUGUGAUAUAUCAUUAAAAAGUAAAUAUUUAUUACGGGAAAUUGGAAAUAAAAUGAAAGUGAAUAUAGAACAAAGUAUGAAGAAUUUGAGAAAACAACCAGAAAAACCAUCAUCAAUAGAUGAAACAUUAUUUUAUUUAUCAACUAACUUGGAAACACUGAAUACUCGACUGAUGACCUCUAUUUAUCCUCAAAUGUUAGAAGAUCUAUGGAACGUAGUUUUAAUGAUAUUUGAUCACCAGUUAUUAGUGGGGCAUUUUAAAUCAUUAUCAGCCUUCUUCAUUGACUGUGGGAUGUCAGAAUGUACAGUAAAGAGAGGGCAAUAUAAACAAGUUAUGGAGAGAUUAGAAUUAAACUCUAUGACAUCAGAAGAUCUUAUGUUGUCUUAUUUUGAUAACCUCGCUCAAAGUGUGCAAACACCAACAGAUUUUUUAGGAAGUUUAGCAGUAAAAGUUGCAUAUGAAGAAGAGACAAGAAAUAAUGUUGCUAUUCAUAUUAAAGUAUUAAGAGCUGCUGGAUUGCCAGGUUUAGAUCCAACUGGUUUCAGUGAUCCUUAUGUUACUAUAAAUAUACGACCACAUAUAUUAGCUGGUUCUCAGAAAACUAAACGUACACCAGUUAUUUAUAAAACAUUAGAUCCAACUUUUAAUACAGAUUUUGUAUUUACGUCAAUACCACAAUAUUAUCUAAAGAAGAAAGGAGCUGUAUUGUUAUUUUCUGUUUAUGAUUUUGAUCAACUAACUGCUGAUGAUUUUGCUGGUGAAUUUGCCAUACAUUUAGAUACACUGCAUAAACUUACAGAUAAUCUUACUGUAGAUUCCUUACAAGCUAUUAUAUUACCUUUAAAAAGACCUAAACUAGAAAAACAUGGUCCAUUCCAGGUAUUAACAGAAAGACAACCUCGUGAUAAAGUGGCUAAAUAUUUUGUCAGUGAAAGACUUCGUGUUAUAAAUAAUCAGAGAGAACGGACUGAUAAAAUCAAAUACUCAGCAUUAUGUGGCUUCUUUCAUUUCUAA